AUUUGGGCAUGGGAGCACAUACACAUCGGCAGACCUCGGAUUUCGAGGGUGCGGGACCCACCUCCACAAUUUGACGAGGUCGUUCCUAUUUUAAGCUCCCAGCAUGUUCCGGGGCUUGACCCGUUAGCUGUCAGUUGGCUUCGAGUACACAUCACUAGGUCCCACACACAGGUGGGCUUCCUUACUACAGGGAUGCACUUGACCAUCAGACGGACGAGCAGAUGACUUGGCAGCCAUAUACUGAUGCGAGACUGGCGUUGUUACCUGCUAUAUGUCGAGCUGAUCGACAUGUAUGGCGCACAAUGGCCCCACUUAUCUGUUUCGACAUUGUAGAGUUCCAUUUCCCUGGUCAAGUUAUGCGCCAGUUUGGAUUCGAGCUGACGAUUCCAGCACCUUGUGAUGAGCACAACCCUUCAUGCCAUAGAUCGGAGGUCGAAGAACAAGAACUAUCCGCUCAGACAUCGACCUUACAUUGCACAUUGGGAUGAGCGCGAGGGACACAUAGUUCAGGGCACUCCUUUUAGUGGUCGUACUCAUGCCAUUGAGGAGUAUAUGAUAUGGUUUCGUCGCAUCACGAGGUUACGCCUGACGAAUCCAUCGAGGCGACCACCUUCUACACAUUAUGAGCCUGCGUCUGCAGAUAUAGUAUUGGCACAUACUUUAUCUGAUAUUGCUCAUAGGUGCGGUACUGUACUAGAGGCUUCUGAGUCAUUGCCUCCAGAUAUGGUGCUUCAGUUGUAUGCACAGACAUUGCAGACUAUGAGGGGACUGUGUGUUGAUGUUGUUGGCCGAGCUGGACAUGGCCACAUCGUACAGGGCAUGCCUACUUCUGCUGGAUAUACAUCGACUUCUACAUCUUCUACGUCUGCUGCCCACAUAUCUACCACGACAGCUUUGCUUUCACCUCCAGUCAGUCAGAGGGCCUAUCGACGACGUUCUAACACUACUCCCCCUUCUCUUGAUGCCAUUGCAGAGUCUCAUGAGACCACACCUAGCUCAUGUACAUCUUCACAAAAGAAGAAGAGAGGGUUUUAGCAGUUUCAUUUAUUGUUUAUGUAGUUAGUUAACAUUAUGUUACAUUUUAAACUUUGUUUGUGAUUGACAUAUUUUCUCAAUCUAACUUGUAACUAAAUUUUUUUUACAUAAAUUUGAAUGUGGAUGA